CUCUCACUCCGGCAGUGGGAGGAGCCUUCUAUUGGCGGGCCGGCCUUUCGUGACGUUGUGGAUGAAGCGGCUGACUCAGGUAGAGAAGGAGGCCGCUUGAGCUGUGCUGGUUCCGUCUUCCCUCUUGUGUCUACCUCGUCCUCCCCUUCAGCCUGCCAUUGCAGAAGAUGUCGGGCUUUCAGUUUAACAUCGCCCCGUUGAAGGAGCCUCUAGGGUUCAUCAAAGUGCUGGAGUGGGUCUUUUCUAUUUUUUCUUUUGCAACAUGUGGGGGUUACAGUGGAGAGACAAGCCUACGUGUGACAUGUACUAAUAUAACAAUACCAGAUAACAAAACUCUGGUGGCUGCAUUUGCGUACCCAUUUAGGCUAAAUACCGUUAUAUUUAAAGGGUUUGACGAGAUCUGUAAAGAGAAAUGGGAAGAACUCCACCUCACCGGCGAUUAUUCUUCUCCAUCGCAGUUUUACGUUAGCAUUGCUGUAUUGGCUUUCCUUUACUCUCUGGGAGCUCUUGUGUUCUAUCUUGGGUACAAGCAUCUUUAUGAAAACUCUGGAAAUGUACCACGCAUUGAUUUUGUAAUCACGGUCAUUUUUGCCUUUAUGUGGCUUGUGAGUUCCUCUGCAUGGGGUAAAGGAUUGACCGAUAUUAAAUCUGCGACCAACACAAACAAUAUUGCUUUAAAUCACUGCAAUCAAACUAGCUUUUACAAGUGCCAUUCUGGAGAUGAACCACACGUGGGAUCGCUAAACAUUUCAGUGGCUUUUGGAUUCCUGAAUUUGAUCUUGUGGGCAGGCAAUGCAUGGUUUGUCUUCAAGGAAACCAAUCUGCAUACUUCACCGGCGACUUCAAACCCUGAACAAGGUCCACCACCGACUUCAAAGUAACAAAGGAUCUAACGCAGACGUCCAUCAAUAUCAUUGUCUGUAAUUCGAUGUCUAAGUACAUAAAAAUAAAUUCUGCGUGUUUAAAUCCGUGAAUAUGAUCUUAUCACGUGCUAUUACCCUUUUGUUUUGCUUAAAAGACGACGACUAUUGCAAAAAAUCAUUGUAUUCUAAAAA